CUUCUCUCACUAUUGGCCUCCACUGAGUAUGGCUAAGUAAGUACUGAACCAUCUAAGUUAAAAGCUGUACUACCCCGCACCAAAUUCUCCAGCACAACCAAUAAUGCCCUUCGUCAUUCGGAGGCCUCAUCAGACAGACACCGCUCCUCCAAGACCAUGCAGGCGUCCAAGAAGCCAAGGACAAAGUCUCGUAGUGGUUGCGAGCAGUGCAAACGUCGCAAGGUCAAAUGCGACGAGAGACAACCCAUCUGCACACGCUGUUUACAACGCAAAGACACGUGCACUGGAAACUUCAGCCACGAUACCUGGCAGAUCGAGAGGCCGUGGGUGUCCAACGAGCGGAUACCCUCGGCCCCCAGCGCUCUAGAAAACGCAACUCUUAGGCAUUGGUAUGACAGCGCUUGCUUGUCCAUGGCCAUCUUCUACCCGCCUACGAAUCCCCUCUCGUAUGCGCUUUCCGGCUGGCUGCGACAUUCCAAAGCCCUGAGACACACGCUAGAGAGCGUUUCGGAAGCGCAUCAGCACUAUUUUCAACCGGAUAAGCUGGCAUUAGCCCUGCAGACAAGGGGGCUGGCCAUCUCGUCGCUGCAGAACGAAAUAGACAGACUGCAGACAUCGCAAACGAAGCAGCAGACCCUCUUUCGUACAACCAUUCUCUCCUCUCUUAUCCUAUUUGUUUCCUCAGCUUGGCUUGAUCCAAUGGGAAACGAUGCCGGCAUCAUGUUCAUAAGUGGCAUCAGCAACACUAUCGAGUCGCUCGCAGACUCGGCACCCACAGAUCCGUUUGCCUUUUAUCUCUUUGGUCUUUAUCUUUACUGUGAGGCUUUCACAUCUUUCUUGGUGCCAACCGGGGAUUCGUACGGGUCUACUGCUUCAGUCCUGAAUGCAAUGCAAAGGCCGCCAUUCGACUCUCUCAUCCAUCCUGUCACUGGCGUCUCGAGCACUCUUUGUCCCCUCAUCUCAGAGGCAGGCCGUUAUUUCAGAUCAGUCCUUGACUCCAAGUCGAUCUGCAUGUCGACUUUCCGUGACAUAGAAACACGGUUGUAUAAGUGGACACCUCCAACCACCAUCAGCCAUCAGGAAAUACUUUUACAGCUAUCUGAAGGCUAUCGAAAGAUUGGCCUUAUUAUGCUUUACCAGGCCAACGCAACUCAAUUGGGAGGAAUAGGAACUACGACCGACAUGCAUUUGAUUGAUAUGGUACUCGAGUCGAUGGGCGUUCUGAGAUGUAUUCCCGAUGGCCACCCUCUAUUGAACUGGGUAGGGCCUCUGCUUACCAUUGCCGGACCCGAAUUGCCCUCGUCAUUUGAGGAGGAGCGAGCAUUAGUAGAAAUCACAUUCCAGAGACUAACUCGAUUCACUCGAGUUCAGACGUAUAACCGUGGGCUCGAGCUUGUAAGAGAGAUCUGGGAGUUAAGAGAAAUGGGAAUCGUUGUGUCCUGGCUAGAGGUCAUGUUACAUCAAGGAAGGUCUUUGGCAGUUUUAUAAAUUUUGAUAGUAUGUAGCUAGUACAUCUUUCUUACAACUCACACGGCGAAAGAUGCGGUUCAUUGUACUUGUUUGUAAGCAAAAUACCAUGAGGGACAAUCCGG